UGGAGGCGCGGUGUGGGGGAAGUCAGGCCUAAAACUUAUUGGUCGGGAGUCAACAGCCUGCUUCUCUAGUUCGCCACGUCUGUGCUGCGCUUCGGGGGUUCUCACCAGACCUUGCUGAUUUAAUUUUUUUAUAUAUCUUUUUUUUUUGCAUAAAAAGAGAAAUACAUAUUUUUUUUCAUCUUAAGAGAAAAAUUCCAUAUUCCAAGAGAAAAUCAGACAAGAUCAAUGAAGGAGAGAAGAGCCAGCCAGAAAUUAUCCAGUAAAUCUAUCAUGGAUCCUAAUCAGAACGUGAAAUGCAAGAUAGUAGUCGUGGGAGAUAGUCAGUGUGGGAAAACCGCGCUGCUGCACGUUUUCGCCAAAGAUUGCUUCCCCGAGAAUUACGUGCCUACAGUAUUUGAGAAUUACACGGCCAGUUUUGAAAUCGACACACAAAGGAUAGAGUUGAGCCUGUGGGACACUUCGGGUUCCCCUUACUAUGACAACGUCCGGCCCCUCUCUUACCCAGAUUCAGACGCUGUGCUGAUUUGCUUUGACAUCAGUAGACCAGAGACUCUGGAUAGCGUCCUCAAAAAGUGGAAAGGUGAAAUCCAGGAGUUUUGUCCCAACACCAAAAUGCUCUUGGUAGGCUGCAAGUCUGAUCUUCGAACAGAUGUUAGUACAUUAGUGGAACUCUCAAAUCACAGACAAACACCAGUGUCAUAUGACCAGGGAGCAAAUAUGGCCAAACAAAUUGGUGCAGCUACUUACAUUGAAUGCUCAGCUUUGCAGUCAGAAAACAGUGUCAGAGACAUUUUUCACGUUGCCACUUUGGCAUGUGUAAACAAGACAAAUAAAAACGUUAAGCGGAACAAAUCACAGAGGGCCACAAAGCGGAUUUCACACAUGCCCAGCAGACCAGAACUCUCUGCAGUUGCCACGGACUUACGAAAGGACAAAGCAAAGAGCUGCACUGUGAUGUGAAUUUCCCAUUUUCUUGAACAAGGACAAGGAAAUCUAGUAGACAAACACCAAUAGAGAUUUGAGAACACAAAAAAAGGUGAUGUCAGAGUGAAGUGCACAGCCAAAGUCAUGUAUUCCGGAAGCUUCGGAGGCACCUGAAAAGAUGCUCUUUGGUUUGGGAUUCUGUCCUUAGGUUCAACGUGUAGAACAUGUGGUGAGAAGUGAAUACAUUGAAGAGUUUUGCAACGUGACUUGAAAAAUAUGCCAAAAAAGAGAGCGCGAGAGGAAGAGAGAGAGAGAUUCAAAUGGGCUGGAGAGAAAUGAGAAGAAAUGCAAAUAUGUCCAGGAAGAACAAUCCUGCUCUGAAUGGUGCUUGUGUUUUUGUUUUUGUUACAAUUGAUCCUGGAUCUCGACUUUGAUUUACUUUCAAAUGUUUUAAUCUCCUUCCCCCCCCCAAAAAAAAAAGUAUAUAUAAUAUACCGUCCUCAUUGGGGAACUGGCACUGUGACCUUAGCGUUUAGUUUUCUAGAGGAUGUGAUAUAAUUUCUUCCUAGCUCAUCAUUAAAAUGGAAAUUGUAUCAGGACCCUUGGGAUAUCCAGAGGAAAAGUU